AGGGUCGCCCUUUUAAGUCGCAGUGCACUCUGGGACUGUCCCUGCUCUUGUAUCGGGAGGCGCCGCUGAAACGAAACCGGACCUAGUAGACUGAAGUGGCCCAUCUCUCGUGCUGGCUCCUGUUAAUAUCCCUAAUAUGUCUGCCCGGGAGUCAUUCAACCCCGAGAGCUAUGAACUGGACAAGAACUUCCGCCUAACGCGAUUCACAGAACUCAAAGGCACUGGCUGCAAAGUUCCACAGGAUGUGCUGCAGAAACUUCUAGAAUCCUUACAAGAAAACCAUUACCAGGAAGAUGAACAAUUCCUUGGUGCAGUCAUGCCCAGACUGGGCAUUGGCAUGGAUACCUGUGUAAUUCCUCUCCGACAUGGUGGCCUUUCACUGGUCCAGACAACAGAUUACAUCUACCCCAUUGUAGAUGACCCCUACAUGAUGGGGAGAAUCGCAUGUGCCAAUGUUUUAAGUGAUUUGUAUGCUAUGGGCGUGACAGAAUGUGACAAUAUGCUGAUGCUUCUGGGGAUCAGCAACAAGCUAUCAGACAAGGAGCGAGAUAAGGUGAUGCCGCUGAUCAUCCAGGGCUUUAAGGACGCAUCGGAAGAGGCAGGCACCUCGGUGACAGGUGGGCAGACGGUCCUCAACCCCUGGAUCGUCCUGGGCGGUGUUGCCACCACUGUGUGCCAGCCUAAUGAGUUCAUCAUGCCAGAUAAUGCAGUGCCUGGAGAUGUGUUGGUUCUCACCAAGCCUUUGGGGACCCAGGUCGCGGUUGCUGUUCACCAGUGGCUGGAUAUUCCAGAGAAGUGGAAUAAGAUCAAGCUUGUGGUGACGCAGGAGGACGUAGAGCUGGCCUACCAGGAGGCCAUGGUCAAUAUGGCCAGACUCAACAGAACAGCGGCUGGACUGAUGCACACGUUUAAUGCCCAUGCUGCCACUGACAUCACUGGCUUUGGCAUCCUGGGCCACGCGCAGACUCUGGCACGGCAGCAGCGGAGCGAAGUGUCGUUCGUCAUCCACAACCUACCUGUGCUUGCCAAGAUGGCCGCCGUCAGCAAAGCCUGUGGAAACAUGUUCGGACUCAUGCACGGCACCUGUCCGGAGACCUCAGGAGGUCUCUUAAUCUGCCUCCCACGUGAACAAGCAGCUCGCUUCUGUGCCGAGAUCAAGUCCCCAAAAUAUGGCGAGGGCCACCAGGCCUGGAUCAUCGGCAUUGUGGAGAAGGGCAACCGCACGGCGCGCAUCAUUGACAAGCCACGGAUCAUCGAGGUGGCUCCCCAGGCGGCUACCCAGAACGUCAACACUACACCCGGCACAACGUCCUAAUGUCCGCCCCUUUUCCCAGCCCUGCCCCAAGCCCAGCCAAAAACCUCACUACUGGUCUCAGCACAGGAUUCCACAUGGCAUCACGUUCUAGAACCAUUCUAAAGGGUGUGUAUAUAUGGAGUUGUGUACACACAAGACAUGCAGAGAAACAUUUCCUUGGUUUAUAUAUAUAUAUAUAUAUAUAUAUAUAUAUAAAUAGGAAAGAAAACCUCAUCUGCUUAGGUACCAGGGCCUUAAGGGUAGACUGUACAUGGACUUGUCAAGAAAAAAAGUAAAAAAAAAAAAAAAAAAAGAGAAGUAUAAUUCAUUUAAAGAAAAGAAGAAAAACAUCGGAAACAAAACUUCAUUGCCUUUUUGUGUGUUUGUGUUGUUUUCUGUUACCUAACUGUCUGGCAGCUUAGGAGUUGAGCAAGCUUGUUUUUUAGGUGAUGCUGUUGAUUCAUCUUGAAUCUGUAGAAUACCUCUGAUUUGUUGCCCCUGAUUUGAGUCUCUGAUUCAGAGGUGCUUUCACUAGCAACACGCUCUGCUAAUCCAGACAUAGGCAGGUAGACUUUACGUUUGUCCACUUCACUGAGUGUAAUGCUUAGUUCUUUUUAGUAUAAGCUCUAUCGAGGCCUUUGGAAAGUUCAGAGAAUGUAAAAGGAUGGAAGUCAUGUCGCUGAUGUACAAAAGGAGGAUGAGCCAGGACGUGAUCUUGAAGUGUUUUGCUUUCGUUAUAUUUUUUCAACUGUAUGAUAUAUUUUUUUUGUACCCACCGCUUCCCUUCCAUUGCUAUUUGAUUACAUAAAAAUGAUUUCUCUCUCUCUCUCUGCCACCCCCAUCUGUCUGCUGGAAGAACGAGACUGAAUGAAGCAAAACCUAUACCUCACUCUGCUCAAGCUCGACCCUCAGCCAUCGAAAAUAACUGUAGAAAGCCCUGCGCUCUCAGUAACCGCUGCAUUGAGGGGCACGCCCACGGUUAAGCAUCAUUUUACAGCGAAUGUAAUUUCCGGUGAGAUGCAGUUUCUCUCGCUCUUUAACAUGUAUAAAUACAAAGGUUGUCUUUUCAAAGUAAUCGUUGGCGAUUAUGUUCUGUGUUUGUCAGUUGUUGGUUUUAUAAUGUACAGUUAUCUCUCCUUUUUGUCCCUCCCUCUCUGUCUGCUUUCCCUGUCUCUCUCUAUCUAUCUAUCUAUCUUUCAUCUCACUUUCAGCCUGUUAAUGGCGCUAUAAAAAAAUGCUUUCUAUUAAACAAAAUCAGACCCCUUCAUCCCCUACCCAUCAAUAAAACAAAUCUUUUUUUAAAACA